CCUUGCGUUUGACUCGCACCCUCCGCCGUUCGUCCGUUGACCUCUGACCCCCGGGCAUCAUGCGGGCGCUUCUGGAGAGCAGCUGGAUGAAGUUCGGACCUGCAGGCAGAGGCUCGUACGACUGGGUGACGGGACCGCCCUCCACUCAGGAGAAGCCGGGCUUCAAGUGGAACGAGCUGCAGGCGGGAGACGACAGGAAGUCGGAGCUGGCCGUCUACAUCGUGCUGCCCGUCGUGUCCGUGCUGCUGCUGGCUCUGCUGCUCGGCCUCGUCUACCGCCGCUGCUCCCGCAGCAAGCUGAGCCUGGCCGGCGUCAUCGCUCUGGACCUGCAGGACGCCGAGAGCAGCGCCGAGUUCCUCUCCUCCCUCACCAGGAACGCCGAGCGCCACACCAGCACCAGCUCCGACGGGUCCGACGGGGUCUUCGUCAUGGUCUACCUGCCGCCGCCGUACGAGGAGACGCUCACCAAGAUCACCCGCGCCGCCAGCCUGUCCAGCUCCAAAGACGUGGAGUCCAUAAAGAUCGAAGACCUGGAGGCCAAGCUGUGUCCAGAGCUCAAGUCUAGUGGCCAAUACGUCUGAGACGGCAUCCAGACCCCCAAAGACUUGAUCACUCCAGCGUCUCUGUCUGUCUGUUUUUUAUAACUUGUGUC